GAAUAGAGAAAAGCAUGUGUGAGGUUGGCGUGGAUUUGUUGACAAAAAAAAUAAAUAUAAUUUGUGAGUGGGGCGCAGAGUGAUCGCAGAUUGCUGGUUUGAAUUUGGAGAUGCAUUUGAGUGAGAAUGAGGGGAUUCAAGGCAAAACCUUUGUGGUGACCGGCGGGCUUGGCUUCGUGGGCUCCGCACUCUGCUUCGAGCUACUCAGAAGAGGUGCCUAUCAAGUCCGGGCCUUUGACAUUCGCCCCGAAUCCCCCUGGUCUGCCGCUCUCCAUGAUCGCGGUGUUCGUCAUCUUCAAGGGGAUGUGCGUAAGAAAAAAGAUGUUGACAAGGCUUUACAAGGGGCAGAUUGUGUGUUUCACCUGGCCUCAUAUGGAAUGUCCGGAAAAGAGAUGCUUCAGUAUGGGCGUGUCGAUGAAAUCAAUAUUAACGGAACCUGCCAUGUCUUGGAUGCUUGCCUCGAGCAUGGGGUGAGCAGACUCGUUUAUGUCAGCACCUAUAAUGUUGUAUUUGGCGGGCAGGAAAUCUUAAAUGGAAACGAGGCGCUACCUUACUUUCCUAUUGCUGACCAUGUUGACUCAUACGGCCGCAGCAAAUCUAUAGCCGAGCAGCUUGUUCUCAAGCACAAUGGUCAACCCUUUAGAAAAGAGAAAGGAAAGUUGUACUCCUGUGCAAUCCGUCCUGCAGCUAUAUAUGGGCCAGGUGAAGAAAGGCACCUGCCUCGGAUCAUAAAACUUGCAAAGUUGGGUCUUCUGCCUUUCAAAAUUGGGGAUACGAAGGUGAAAUCGGAUUGGGUCUAUGUUGAUAACAUUGUUCUGGCAAUGCUCCAGGCUAGCAUGGGUCUUUUGGAUGAUAUUCCUGGGAGAGUAGGGCGGCCUGUUGCGGCCGGCCAAGCCUACUUCAUAUCGGAUGGUUCUCCAGUCAACAGUUUUGAGUUCCUCAGGCCACUGCUUGAAGGCUUGAACUAUGAAUUGCCUAAAUUGACAUUGCCAGUCUCCCAAGCCCUUUUUCUCGGAAAGCUUAUCUCAGUGUUCUACUCACUUUUGUACCCGUGUCUAAGCCAGAAGUGGCUUCCUCAGCCUCUUAUCCUUCCUGCUGAAGUCUACAAGGUUGGCGUGACCCAUUACUUUUCGUUCCUGAAAGCGAAGGAGGAACUGGGUUAUAGGCCUCUGGUUAGCCCUAAAGAGGGUAUGGCUGCCACGCUCGAAUACUGGAAGGAAAGGAAAAGAAGAACACUAGAUGGUCCGACCAUAUACGCCUGGGUGGCUGUUUUGACUGGAAUGACAAUGAUGUUCUGUGCUGCGUGCUUGCCUGACUUGGGGCCGGUUCCCCUGAUAAGAGCGAUUUGCCUUUUCUUUCUACGCUCCAUGACGGUGAUACGCGCAAUCUUCACCAUGGCAGUUGCUGCACAUAUUGGGGAGGGUGUCUACGCUUGGCAACUUGCAAGAAGAUGUGAUCCUGAAAAUGCAGCAGGUUGGUUUUUGCAAACUGUUGUUUUGGGAUUCUUUUCGUUGCGUUUUUUACUGAAAAGAGCUAAAACUCAUUCAAAGUAACAUCUCUCUCUCCUCUGUGGACUUGUAUCAUGGUUGCUUUUUAAGAUUUGAAAUUUUGUGUAUAGCUGGAAACAAGCAUUUUAUCCAGUUUUUAAAAUUGUCUCUUUCUUUCUCUUUUCUA